GGCUAACGGUGUGAAAACACACACACACACACACACACAUUGCCCUUUGAUAGAGCAUAUUCUUUCAUUCUCAUUACAACAGUCACAUACGCUAGCCAUUCAAUAAUUACACAGUCAUGGUAAGUUACUGUCCAAUCUGUGGGAAGCCUGUCUAUUUUGGUGAGAAGAAGAGGUCUUUAGGAAGAGAUUACCAUCCACUGUGUCUGAAAUGUCAAAGGUGUAAAAGACAGCUCACACCUGGACAACAUGCUGAGUAUGAUGAGAAGCCAUAUUGUUCAUACUGCUACAUGAAGAUGUUUGGUCCAAGAGGUAACAGGUGAGGAUCCACAGGCAGUCUCAAAACCAACUGGGAUGACUGAACUGAUCUACCAUCAUUGACUGACAAGGAGAGUGUCACGACUCGGACAGGCCGAGUUAAGUCUGGAUCCCAAAAACGCAGACGUAAACAAGGUCUUUGUAACAAAAAUAUGUUUUAAUGCUAAUAAUCGCACCGAUAAAGAGGUAACAAAGCGCUGGUCAAAACAAGGACCAGAGAGAACAUAAACGAAUAACAAAAAGCUCUUGCACAAAAGGCAAGGGAGAAAAAUAAAGACCGCAAAUACAAAUGAAAACAAUGUAUCAAACUACACGCGAGUGAAAAGCCACAUCACAAAACCAAAAGCGUACUUACAAAAAGCAGGGAUACCAAGAGUAAAAAACGCGAAACACGACGAGGUCAAUAGCCAAAAAGUCCAUGAGCAGAGAAGAUAGCAAUACCAGAAACAAUACUCCGACCGAAUCAUGACAGACCCGCUGGCCAGACCGAAAACCGAAUCAUGACAGAGGAGAGCACAUAAGAAUGAUGGACUAUAUAUUAUCAGUGUACCUGUAUUUGAUUUAAGAAAUGAAAGAACGUGUGUGACUUGGUCAUUCAGACACUAAUAAUAAAUGCAUUUUAACUUUUCCUAACACCAAAA